AUGUAUUCUACCACAGCGAGGUGUGGACAUUGCCAGAGAUUAUUACCUAUGUGGGAUGUCCUAUCAAACAAAUAUAAUUCCGAUGCAAUUAAAGUCAUCCAUAUCGCUAAGGUGGAUUGUACACAAGAUACACCUCUUUGUUCCGAUGAAAAUGUUCUACAUUAUCCUACGAUAAAAAUAUAUAUCGGUAAAUUAGUUAAGAGAUUUACUGGUAAAAGAAGCGUCCAAUCCUUUGCAGAAUUUAUUAAAAUUUCAUUAAAUAAUCCGCAAGUCGAUGACGAUGAAAUCUCUUUAAAACAAAUUGGAUCCGAACUGACUGGUGUACAGUUAAAAAAAGUGAUUUCAACCUUUAAGAUUGCAUUUAUAAAAUUUUAUGCCCCGUGGUGCAGUCACUGUAAAGUUCUCGCUCCAACUUGGAAAGAAUUGAUGGAACACUAUAAACACGAUAAAAACGUUUUUAUUGGGAGUGUAAAUUGUGUUACGCAUAUUGAAACGUGUAGAGCGGAACAGGUAAAAUCUUAUCCUACUAUGACAAUCUAUACUGGCUCUAAAGAAAUUCAGAAUUAUCAAGGAGAAAGAAAUCUAGAGAGUCUAAAGACAUUUGUUGAUUCUAUUAAGGCUUCUACUUUGAAGCAAAACGAUCAAACUGCAGAUAAAUCUCAUGAGGAAUUAUAG